CCUGCCCAGCACCCUGUGGUGUGCUGCCCCCCAGGGGGGCCCCAGCUGGGCCCCAAGCGCUCGGGCCGGGCCAGGAGUCUCCUGGGGAGCCAACGGAAGCGACGGAAGUCGGCGACUCCCGAUCCGAAGGAGAAACAGACCUGUGACAUUCGCCUGCGCGUGCGCGCCGAGUACUGCCAGCACGACACUGCCCUGCACGGCAACGUCUUCUCCAACAAGCAGGACCCUCUGGAGCGCCAGUUCGAGCGCUUCAACCAGGCCAACACCAUCCUCAAGUCCCGGGAUCUGGGCUCCAUCAUCUGCGACAUCAAGUUCUCCGAGCUCACCUACCUCGACGCCUUCUGGCGGGAUUACAUCAACGGGUCCCUGCUGGAGGCCCUCAAGGGAGUGUUCAUCACGGACUCGCUCAAACAGGCCGUGGGCCACGAGGCCAUCAAGCUCCUGGUCAACGUGGACGAGGAGGAUUACGAGGUCGGACGCCAGAAACUCCUCAGGAACUUGAUGCUGCAAACAGCUCCCUGA